AUUAUUACUAUCAUUUAUACUAUACUACUUCCAGUACUACUCAUAUCUAGUACAGUUGCAUUUCAUGAAAUGUGGAUUUUUUCUUUCUAUAAAACUGACUGAUCUGAAAUGAAAACUUAAAAUAUUAAGAUACAUUCAUGAAAGAUUAAUUCAUCAGGUUAUUUUUGCCAAUUCUACUUGAUUAUAUCCUUAUAAAUAUGUAUAUAAAUUACAUAAGAUCAAUAAAACAUUGAUUAGCCUUAAAAUGAUGUAAUUAACACUUUCAAAGAUAAACUCCAUUGACAAGGUAUAAAGUAAAAUUACCCGUUCAAGCAAAUACACAACCACACACAUACACAUACAAACACAUAAACACACGCACACACUCGCACACACAUACACACACAUAGAAACAUACAUAUUCUGGAACAAAUUGAUAUUACUUAAAUAGAACAAAAGUAAUCAGUAACAGUAUAGUAAUAUAAAAAUCAUGAAUAUUAACUAUAUUCUAUAUGAUAAUUCUUAAAUGAAUAAAGAAUUAACUCGUAAACGUUCCAGAUAUCAUAGUCAUAAAAUUGACAAAUUUUUAUUACAAGAAUAUGAACAUCGUAAAAAAGAAAUUCAAUUACUUUUAAUUGGUCUACCAAAUUCUGGUAAAAAUACAUUUUGUAAACAAAUGCGUCUACAUUUCGGUGAUGGUUUCCCUGUAUCAUAUCGUAAUGAAAUGAAAUCAACUAUAUUAGCCAAUACCACUGAUGCUAUUGCUAUGGUCUUAGAAUAUAUGAAAGAUGCUAAUAUUGUUUUUUCUGAUGUUUUGGCUCAUAAACUUCAAGAAUAUUUAGUGAAUAGUCGAUCAGAAAAUGGAUGGAUCACAAAAGAUUUUAUACUGUUCGAUGAAAAAUAUACAACUACUAUUAACAAUAUUAAUGAUCAGAUAUUUAAACGUGAAGAAUCAUCAUUUAAAACAAAACUAAAUCAUGAUAUGGAAUAUUUCAAUUAUCCAUCUUAUUCUAAUCCUUAUUCAAAUCAUUUUAAUCAACAGAAUAGUAUAAUCACGAGUUCAAGUUUACCAAGUUUUACAAUGUCAACAACAUUAGCUUCUUCAUUGACAGAAUCAAUCAAUCAAUCAACUAGUCAACAAUAUUUAAGUAAUAUACAUAAUUCUUUCAAUAAAAUUCAUGAUGUAACUAUGGAAACAUAUAACUCUUGUAUACAUUCUUCAUUCAAUACUACUACUACUACCAACACUACUACUACUACUGUGUCCACUAAUACUACUAAUACUACUAUUAGUAGUAGUAGUAGUACUACUACUACUACUGAUGAUAAUAAUAAUAAUAUCAAUACUGAUAGUAUAACUGAUUCUAUUGUUGAAAAAUUUCUAUAUUAUAUUCAUGAAAAUAAUUCAAUUCCACCAUCAGUAUUAAAAAAAUUCGAAUCAAUUAUUGAUAUAAAAUCAAUUGAUAAUUGGCAAAAUAUUAUUGAUAAUAAAAUAUUAUUACAUCAUUUAAUUCAUAUAUUAUUACAAAGUGGUAUUGAUAAUUGGUCAUCAUUUUUAUUAUAUCAAUCUAUACCACCACCAAUUCCUAAAACAUUACCACCAAUAUCUAUUGAAGAUGAAUUAUUAGAUUAUAUUGUAAGUAAUGAUAGUUGUGAUACUUCAGAAGAAGAAGGUCAUGACAAUGAUCAUGAUCAUGAUCAUGAUCAUGAUCAUGAGAGAGAUCAUACACAAAGUGGAUUAGUCAAUUCUUCUAAUUGUUCUUUAGCAAGAACUUUGGUUAAAAGUACUUCAGAUCUUUUAGAUUUGGAUGAAUUUAUCAACUAUAAUGAAGAUGAUGAUGAGGAUGUUGAUGAUGAUGAUGAUGAUGAAGAGAGAAGUAGUCUAAACGAGAAUUGGGAUAAUCUUAAAACAGAAGAUGGUCUCGUUUGUAAAUCAAUUAGAAAAUUAUCAAUCAAUACAAAACGUAGAAAUAAAAAUCUAGAUCAUCAUAAUCAAUUCUAUGUAAAUCAUCAAAAUUAUAUAGAAUUAAAUAGUAAUUUUAAUUUAUUAGAAUUUUCAUUAGAUCAAUUAUUGAAUAGAAAUGAAUUAAAGCAUAAAAUUUCAUUAAAUUCAUUACAAAUUAUAAUGAAAAUUAUUACAGAUCAAUGUGAAUUUCGUAAUGCAUUUUUACAAUAUUAUCCAAUUCUAUCACAAAAAACCUAUGCUGGUUCAUACUUUAUUAAAUGUGUGGAUAGAAUAAUUCAAGAUGAUUAUAUACCUACAUUACAAGAUUUAUUGAUUAUGAAACAAUCAUCAAAAGCUGUCAGAGAAUCUCUUAUCUCUAUUGGAUCAAUAACAUUAAGAACCAUUAAUCUAGGUGAACAUAGUGAACAUUUGAAUAAACAAUUUCAUUAUUUUGAAUCGGUCAAUAUGAUUUUGUUUUUUAUAUCCCUUGAAGAUGUUUAUCGAUUCACUUAUAUUCAAGGGAAUAAAUUGGUUAAUCAUCAAACAUUUAAAUUAUUUGAAGAUAUUGUCAAUUCACCAGAUUUAACAAAGAAAGAUAUUUUAGUUUUCUUAAAUAAAUAUGAUAUAUUAAAAUCAAUCAUUUCACAAAUCAAUCAUGAUACUACUCAAAUUACUAUCAAUAAGGAAGAGGAUAAAACAGAUUGGAAUGUAUUUAUUGAAAUGAUUAAAUCAUAUUUAAUAGAAUUACAUAAUCAUGCAACUAUAAAAGGAUCACAUUUAUAUUUUCAUAUUAUUUGUUCAUUAGAUAUAGAUAAAAUGAAAUGGAUUAUAAAAGAUUCUAUUCGAAUGAUUUUAGAUAUUAAUCGUAAACGUCAUUUAAUAUUUUAAUAAUAAAAGAAUACUAUUCUUUCUAUAAAUAGAUUGUUUGUUUUGUUUUAAUAUUUGAUAUCAAAAAGAGGAGUUACUUAUGAAAUGUUUAUAUGAGAUGAUCUUCAGCAAUGCACAUCUAAGAUCUCAAGUCGCGAGAUUCGAACUCAUGAUCUGACGGUCUUGAGUGUGAACAUUUAACUUAUAGAUCACUGAUCCGGUAUUCAGCGGUGUAUAACGAUGUCUAUCUUCAACUAAUGCAUGAAAAUGAGCGACAUAUCCACCAUUGUGAUCAGUCAGUUACUA